AUGAAGCCCUCCGGCAAGGCCGGCGGCAAGCGCGUGCAGCCUAUGGAGGUGGCGCCUCGUCCUCUGCUAGCUCCGGUGGCCGGCCAGCGGAAGAGCAAGCCUACUCCGGCAAAAAUGGCGCUCGCCGAGGCGGCGGCCAACAAGAAGAGAAAAAAGAGAGAUCGGAGCCUGCGCGGGGCUUCGCGUCAGGAACUGGCUCACCAUCAGCAGGCCGGAGCGGCGGCGCCGCCGCAGUACGGGACGGACGCGAAGCUGGCAGAGCUCACCGCCGGUAGCGGCGGCAGGGAAACAGAGGAGCAGCGCGGCAAGUUCUUGGUGCUGCGCCUGUACGAGGCGCUCAACGCCCGCGACGCGCGCCGGGCGCAGGAGCUGCUCGCCCCGGACCUCGAGUGGUGGUUCCAUGGCCCGCCCGCGCACCAGCACAUGAUGCGCCUCCUCACCGGCGCCGACACCAACGCCCAGUUCACCUUCGCCCCGCGCUCCGUCGACGCCUUCGGCUCCACCGUCAUCGCCGAGGGAGGCGCCGACGCUGGCGGACAGCUCUACUGGGUGCACGCCUGGACCGUCGGACCCGAUGGGGUGAUCACGCAGCUCAGGGAGUACUUCAACACCGACCUCACCGUCACCCGCCUCUCCGCCGCCGCCGCCGCCGCCAGCAAGAACCCCAGCACAAUCGUCUCUCCUAGCCACGCCUCCUCCUCGUCGUCUACUUCCACCUCUUCAGCGCCCUCCUCGCCGGCGCCCACGCCCAAGUGGCCCAAGUGCCUGUGGCAGAGCCGCCGCGCUGACCGCGCGCGCAAGUCGCUGCCGGGCCUCGUCCUCGCCAUCUAA